AUGGACAUUCAAGCAACGUUGCAAGGCUCGUCGCACGCACUGGGCCUGCGCGGCAGUACGAACGCUUGCCUCAUAAACGUACCCACCUUAUUUCAUGUCCUUAAGACAGUCAAUCUCAGCGAACAACUCCAAUACGGGAUGGCCAGCGGAGCUCAAGCAAUAGAAACCAGGAGGGCAUCCGUCAUCGAAAGACUAAAAAACGCCAAUAUUUCUGUGUAUACCGAGGAUAGCUUUGCAGCGUCUGAUGUUAUUUUACCUGGAUCGGGCCGCGCCACCUUGACUCAUGGUAUACUCAGAAUACAGCAGAAUGUCGAGCGGCAUCGGGAUGUUAAGAGUGCAGUUGUUGUCAAGUCUCUUAAAAGUGCAUAUGCCUAUCACAGGACAAAAGACGGGGCAGAAGAGGAAAAGUACAGGAGUAAGCUGUUUUCUUAUUUCGAAAGAGAGGCUGACAUCUGGUUACGUGCUCGAUUCCAUCCGAAUAUCAUUUCAGUCUGUGGAUUCAUCCCCUCGUGUGGCAAGGAUAACCUUCCUGCCCUCAUAUUUCCCUAUUACCCGCUCGAAAAUCUUCGAGUGUACGUUAGCCGACGAGACACUCCCCUGAGCGACAAAUCGAAGCUUCUUCUUCUGCGCGAUGUGGCAUAUGGCCUCAAAUACUUACACGGUCUGCAAGACCCGAUUGUGCAUAGAGACCUCUCCGGCUCAAACAUUCUGGUGAAAGAAACUGCUUCGGGGAUCGUUGCUUGCAUCAACGACUUCGGAUCAGCAAAACUGCUCGAUCCAAUUCUGAAUGUUGUAUAUAACUCGACGCGAAAUACAAAGUAUAAAUGGCAGCCACCAGAAUUUGUGAAGCCUGCGACAUAUCUCAAAAGCUAUACAAAUCCGAAGCCUUCUGGCGAUAUAUGGUCGCUUGCAUGUGUCGUACUAGAGAUACUUAACGAAUGUGACCCGUGGCCGCCAAGUGCUGACGUGUUCGCAGAACUCCGAAAAGGCAAACAUCCACCAUUUCCCAACAAAGAAUUUGCGAUGAAAUACGGGGAUUUCCUUGAAGGUUGCUGGGGCUGGAAAGGUGGGAGAUCUUGGCCAAAACUGCGGUAUACAGCCGAGAAAACAGUUUCAAAGCUAGAUAAUCUUAUUAUAGCAGAAGGUUAG